UUCUUUUGAAUUUAUUAUAAUUUUAAAUAUUACUAUAAUUAUUAAAUAUUAUUUAUUUAAACGUUAAUUAGAAGUGAUCGCGGGAGUAACAUGGCUUAUAGUUGGGAUAAUCGUGUUAAUUUUGUUGUAAGACAUUUAUACGAUAUUGAUAGUAAUGGAUAUUUGGACGAAAGAGAUUUCUUUUGUCUAGCCUUACGUGCUACAAUCAUUGAUGGAAAGGGGCAAUUUAGUAACUCAAAGUUACAAGAAUAUCAACAUGUUAUGUUAGGUUUAUGGGAAGAAAUUGCUGAAUUAGCAGAUUUUAAUAAGGAGUUAUUACAGGAUGGUAGAAUUAGUACGGAUGAAUUUAAGGAAGCUGUACAACAAACAUGUAUUGGACGUAAAUAUGAAGAUUUUCCACAAGCAAUGAAAAUGUUUAUCGAUUAUAAUUUUAAGAUGGUUGAUUUAAACGAUGAUGGUAUUAUAACAGCGGAUGAAUAUCGUUUUAGUUGUGUUACGAAAUUUGCUAUUGAUGAUAUUGAAUCGGUGGAUGAGUCAUUUGAUAAUUUGUUGAAUGAUGAUGAUCGAAGAAGAGGUGGUAUUACAUUAUCACGUUAUCAAGAAUUAUAUGCAGAUUUUUUAGGUAAUCCAGAUGAAUGUCCUGGUAUAUAUUUAUUUGGACCAUUAUCAGAAAUUGCUUACACGGAAAUCGAAUCGUGAUUUUUAUUUUAAAAAA